UGCGUAGUUGGAAGAUGAGGGUGAUGUAGAUGAGCCACUAGAUGGGGCAUAUAGGGUCUAGGGUCGAUCUCAGUCGGCCGUCGUGUGACUCGUAUUUGCUUCCGCUCAAAGUCGGAGUGAGCCGACGACUACGGGUCGUUUGAAAGUUGUCUACAUGACGUCUGCUUCAUCGAGAUUUGCUCUUUACAUCGAGUCGGAUCUGAUACAACAAGCAGCAACAGCUAGCUUUUCUUUGCAACCAUGAGCUCAAACUUACCGCCAUAUCAGCGGCAAAACUCGCGGUCCCCAGCCGCAUUGCUCGCCCCGCUUCCCGUUGGCGAAAGGACACCGCUGUCCCCAUCGGCUUCCUCCGUUCAGUCUCGACAGGAUUCUUACUUUGCCAUCGGAGAGAGGGAUGGUCAAGAUGCCACGGCGGACGAACGUCUCUUGUCAGAAGAGCCAGCGAGCUUUGAAGCGCCUCGCGAUCGAUUGGACCAUGCCCUGAGGAGAAGAGGGAUGACGGGUGUGGCCGAUUUCAGGGGGAAGGCGACAGAAUGGUUCAACAAUAAUACGGGGUUAUUGCUGAUCGCUGCCGCUCAGUGUUUCUUUGCCAGUAUGAACUCCGCCGUGAAGCUGUUGCAAGACCCGAAACAAGGUGGAGGGCUGCCUUCUUUACAACUCAUCGCCAUCCGGAUGUCGAUCACCCUCAUCGGUUGCGCAUCUUACCUGUUCUACACGGGCGACCCGAACCCGAUCCUAGGCCCGCCCGAAGUUCGUAAAUUACUGGCUCUUCGGGGUUUUAUAGGAUUCUUUGGGCUUGUCGGAAUGUACCAAUCUCUCCAGCAUCUGUCCUUGUCCGAAGCGACGACGCUGGGGUUCUUGGGGCCCAUCGCGACGGGCAUUCUUGGGUAUUUGGUCUUGCGAGAACCGUAUACCCGCAGAGAAGCUGCAGCAGGAGCCGUCUCCCUUAUUGGCGUCAUCCUCAUCGCCCGCCCAACUUUCCUCUUCGGCGCGCCUCCACGGAUAUCGGACGGUCUCCCAGUCUCGCCCGACUGGGGUGACGAGGUCUCCUCAGGGUCGCGAACAAGCUGGCACGACAAGGUCUAUGAUCCGGAUACGGGAGCGCUGAUUAGGCACGACACGCCUGCAGAGAGGUUGACAAGCGUCGGGUUCGCCUUGCUCGGGGUUUGUGGAGCAAGUGGGGCUUAUAUCACCAUCCGAGCCAUUGGCCAUCGGGCGAGGCCGUUCCAUAGUAUCGUCUACUUUUGCAUCUACUGUGUCGCAGUCUCGAUUGUAGGGAUGAUUGUCCUGAGAACCCCGCUUGUCUUUCCCCAUACUGUGCUUGGUUGGUGUCUAAUCAUGAUCAUCGGCAUCUUCGGACUCGGAGCUCAGAUCUUGGUCACAAUGGGUCUUCAACGAGAAAAGGCCGGUCGGGGAAGUCUCGCCAUGUACACCCAGUUGUUGUUCGUGGCCGCGGUGGAAAAGUUCCUCUUCAAGACGCAAACGACUUUUUUGAGCGUUGUCGGGAUGAUCGUCAUCAUCGGUGCUGCUCUCUCGGUCGCCGUGAGUUGCGGCAGAGCAAGAUCUCCCAAUCACAAGCUUGCCCGUCUAACGUUAGCUGCUUCGCGGUUGAACCUAACAGUUUGCGAAGAAGCCGGAAAAGAAACCGGCUGCUGGCGGUGAUCUCGAAGCGAACGAUAGGGAUGGAUCAGAACA